AUGCUUAUCAACGAGACAAGCAAAUGUGUUAUUACCUGUAAAGCUAAAUCAAUACAGUUUAUUAUGAAACUUUUAAAAAUAGACAAUGGGGGCUAUUACUUUGAACAAACACCGGAAAAACUGCUAUCACUAGCGCGCCGAUAUAAGGAAAAUGGAGUUAAGAUGUUCAGCAAACAUCCCCUCUUUGCACAUCGCUACUUUAGUCGGGCAGCAAAAUGUUUGCUCUCCUGUUCGCCACUAGAAGACCUAGAUCCAAGCCGCGAAGGUGUCGAAACGAUCCGUGAAAUGCAGUCUCUACUGGAUACGCUGUACCUCAACAUUGCAGCUUGUCUUAUCAAACAAAACCGAUUCGAGGAGGUUCUCUAUGUACUCGAAGGCCAGGACCAGCGGGAAACCCCAUCGGAGAAGGCUGUUUUCCGAAAAGCACUUGCGCAGUUUCACCUCAAACGGUUCGAGCAGGCUCUGGAAACACUGGGACGUAUCGACUGUUCUGGAAGUUCAGAAUGUGCUGCUCUUCAUGAGAGGAUAAAACGAGCGUGGCGGGAAGAUAGCAAGCAGUACAAUGAUAUGGUAAAGAAGAUGUUUAAAUAA